AUGGUCGGCUACGUUCCUCUUGUGCUCUCUAGCUGCAUUGCUGGAUCUCUCGCCUCGCAACUUGUUCCUGGCAAGCCGGCUGGUUCAGAUGUGAAGACUAGUACAAGCUCUGCUGCCAGACCAUGUGUCUGCACAGAAUAUAGUCAGAUCUCUGCGGCUGUUGCAAACUGUAUCGAUAUUGUAUUGUCUAAUGUCGCUGCCCCCAACGGGUCUUCCAUCGAUUUGUCUAGCCUCAAGAAGGGAGCCACCGUAACUUUCGAUGGUCUGACUACAUUUGGAUGGGUCAACUCGUCGAGCUUCAACCCUAUUACAAUUGGCGGAGAGAGCAUCACAAUAACCGCCAACAAGGGUGCUGUGAUCGAUGGUAACGGCCAGGCCUACUGGGAUGGUCAGGGCUCCAACGGAGGAUUGCCCAAGCCAGAUCACUUCAUUGUUGUCAACAAAGUCACCGGCAACUCAGUCAUCGAGAAGUUAUACAUCCAGAACUGGCCAGUUCAUCUAUUCGAUAUCACAGAUACUGAAAAUGUGAUCUUCCAGGAUUUGAUCCUGAACAAUGCGGCGGGUGAUGCGCCGAACAGUCGCAGCGAUGGCCUACCGGCUGCACACAACAGCGACGGCUUCGAUGUCAGCUCUUCCUAUAAUAUUACUAUCCGUCGCAACUUCGUCCACAACCAGGAUGACUGUGUUGCCAUAACUAGCGGAAACAACAUGACGGUAUCGAAUAUGCAGUGUUUUGGAUCGCAUGGCUUGUCCAUCGGCUCGAUCGGAGGAAAGUCUAACAACAAUGUGACCAAUAUCCACUUCACUGAUUCAGUCCUCAUGAAUACCCAAGCUGGUCCUCGUAUCAAAACCAACUACGACACCACCGGUUUCAUCUCCAACAUCACAUAUACCAACAUUGUCCUCCAGAAUAUCACCCAGUACGGUAUCGAUAUCCAGCAGGAUUACCUCAAUGGCGGACCCACUGGCAUUCCUAGUAAUGGUGUUAUCGUCGAGAACAUCCUGAUGAAAAACAUAAAAGGAUACGUGGCUUCGGACGCUCAGCCCUACUACAUCCUGUGCGGUGAUGGUUCCUGCUCGAAUAUCGUGUUCGAGGAUGUCAAGGUCACGGGUGGUCUCGCCAGCAGUUGCAAUUACAACGUGGCUGGAUGCAAUUCAUCAUAG